AUGGUGGGAUACUACCCCAGUCGUCCAGUUUGGCGUCUGUGUCCGCACAACCGGCUCCUCGAGAUUUACAAAAGGCAGGUCAUUGGGUUUAGUCUUAUUCCAAAUGAAGGAGACGUGCGACGCCUUAGCAGUCUUCGUACUAAGAGACUGAUUUCACGACGGAGCACGUAA